CGCCCCCCCCACUCGCCCACUCGCCCACUCUGCCCUUCGGACAAACACGCCCGCAGGCCCAGCAGCUCCAACGAAGACUCACGGAUUCCCCUCCUCCGAGCGCUUCUCCCCACUCCUCCUUCAAGCCCUCAAAAUGGGGUUCCGUCAUAGGAAAUAGCAGUAGCAAAGGACACUUCGCCAUGUCGUGUGCUAUCCUCUCCUCUGGACACUCGUUCAUGCUCUACACCUCCAUCGUCUGUAUUCCCAGGAAACCCGACUGCAUGCUUGUGCGUUCUUUAUUCAUUGCUUUCCGAAAUCUGACACAUCCCUUCCAUCCUAUAAAGAAGCAGUUUGUACGCUUCCUUUUUCUAUCUUUUUUUUUUGUAUCUGUGCGUGUGUGUGUGUGUGUGUGUCAAGGAAGCAGCUACUUCAAUGCCAAUAACACCCAGAACCGCUCUUUUCAGGCGGAUAUGGUAUUGGAACAAACGAAUGAAGAUCUCAGUUUUGCCAAACACUGCUCUUCAUACUCUCGAUGGAGAGAAACAAGCGAUGACCAGACUAUUUGUCGAUGUGCAUCCGUCAAAAUGGAACGCGCGGAGUUCGACAUUACAUACAUAGUCCAAAAGACUUUGGACCACAAGAUAGGGCAAGUAUGUACACAAAAAGACUGUGUCAAUACCGCACGGUCACUGUCCGUUCUAAUAUGUAUGAGGUAUGAGCAGGGACAGCUUCGGAAGAACGUUGCCCUUGGGAAUGGAGGGGUUUUCAACCUUGGUCUUCUUAAGGAGAAUUCCGGGAUCUUGCCUCUUGGCCGACGACAAGGCUCCCGAAGAACGGUUUGAAUAAGAAAAAGAUUGUCAAACCUUGUACUCGAGAUGCAUGCGGCCGUGGGGUCUGUUAUUUCUUUCAAACUAACAUAAUCCGAAACGCAGCAAUCAAUAAAAAAAAAAAAAGAUCGUCGCAUGUCAUUUGUGUGGGGCAGAUUUUAUUGUG